UAUAUUAAUCGUGUUCCAAUUUGAUAUUGAUACACAAAAGAAUGCCACAACUGGGCAGGUGAUACCCCAUGGAAACUGAAACAACUUGCAAGUCUUCAUCUUCAUAAUCUGUGUGUCAGAUCGCAAUAUACAGCCUUGCCCCAGUUUCCAUGGAGAAUUUUGAAGAUGGUGCUCGUGAAGGUUUACUAUCAGUAAACGUGAACAUAAACGAAAAUGGUGGAUUCAACGGAUCAGAAAUCAAAAUACAAGUGAAGGAUUUGACGAGAUCGUUAGAUAAAGGAGUUACGAUUCUUCAAAAUGUUAACCUGGACAUACCCAAAGGCAAAAUCAUGGGGAUCAUUGGGCCAAGUGGCAGCGGUAAAUCAACGCUACUCAGAGCACUCAAUCGUCUAUGGGAACCACCUUCCGGCACGGUGUUUCUCGACGGAAACGAUAUCACCGGCCUUGAUGUUCUUGAGCUUCGUCGGAAAGUGGGUAUGCUAUUUCAGCUUCCAGUUUUGUUCCAAGGUACAGUUGCAGAUAAUAUAAGAUAUGGGCCACAGUUGAAAGGAAAGAAACUUAAAGAUGAACAAGUGUACAAGUUGCUGACCAUCGCUGAUCUCGAUUCUUCUUUCUUCGAUAAACAAGGAAGCGAACUAUCUGUCGGUCAAGCGCAAAGAGUUGCACUUGCUAGAACACUAGCCAAUGAACCAGAGGUUCUGUUGUUAGACGAGCCAACGAGUGCGUUGGAUCCAAUAUCUACGCAAAACGUGGAAGACGUGUUGGUGAAGCUGAAGAGUAGAGGGAUGACAAUUGCUAUGGUUUCUCAUAGCAUCAAACAGAUUCAAAGGAUUGCAGAUGUGGUUUGCCUUCUUGUUGGGGGUGAAAUUGUUGAAGUCCUGAGGUCUGAGGAUCUCUCCCAAGCUAAGCAUCCUAUGGCCAUAAGAUUCCUUCAACUCAGCUCUUAAUUAGUUUUCACCUGUUGCUAUGUUUAUUUGAGUUCAUAUGAACCACCCUCUUGAAAUGAAUGAAUGUUAUUUUGUAUCA